UUAUAUACAGUGUAGAGUGCAUAAUGUUGAAGUUCCAGUAGUGAAGGUGAGGUGUCUAUGAAGUGUUCAGCAGUCUGAUGGCCUGAUGGAAAAAGCUGUCUCCAGUCUGCGGGUUCGGGACCCGAUGCUGCAGAACCUCCUUCCUGAUGGAAGUAGUCUGAACAAUUUAUGGCUGGGGUGACUGGAGUCCUUGAUGAUCCUCCCCACUUUCCUCAGGCACUGCUUCCUGUAGAUGUCCUAGAGGGAGGGAAGCUCACCUCCAAUUAUCCGUUCAGAACACCGCACUACUCUCUGGAGAGCUUUACGGUUGUAAGCGAGCGGUGCUGUUGCCGUACCAGGUGGUGAUGCAUCCAGUGAGGAUGCUCUCAAUGGCACAGCGAUAGAAGGUCCUGAGGAUGCGGGGGCUCAUGCCAAAUCUUUUCAGUCUCCUGAGGGACUUAGUAGUAAAAGCAUCUUUGUCCAAAGCCUGAGUUAUGUAUAGUCUCACUGUAAAGUGUGCGGAUUGAAAUAUCUGCACUCUGGCAGACUAAUAGCUCUCUUUCAUCAUCUCUGUUAUCUGUACAAAAAUAUAGAUCCUCAAUAGUCAUUACAUCUAUUUUUUAAUUUAGAAAUGUAUGGAUCUUUAGUAAAUAAGAGAUCACUCAGAUGGCAUUGGCAUUACUUACAAAAUUAAUUCAUUAUCAUCAUAUUUCAAAUGACAUUUAGAAAGGCUGUAAGCCAAAGGGCAGGCUUCACAGAUAUAUUAACAUAUACUCACACCACUUUGUUUUACAAAUUUUAGCCCAGAGGCAGAGUGGAUUGCAAUAACUCCUUAGAGCUUUAGGAGUCUAAAAUAUUUGUCUUUGACUUAUUAGACAUUAAACAAUGCUUGUCCUACAGUUCAGUUAAAUUUAACCUGUGGUGCAUUUUACCAGCAGCUGAAAACCCAACAUCAAAAUAUUUUGUGAUGUCUAAAAAGGGAUUUUAAACCAAAAUGCAAAAUAAAAUCAUGAAACCGUAAGAUGCAAUCAGAUUUCAAAUGAGGAUGCUUUUGGGGGAAAAAAUGGACCAAGCUCAUUUUCAGUUAAACACCCCUCCACCACCACAAAGUCACCCCCUUUAAAACCCAAGUACUUCAUUUCCAAUCAGAUCCAUUCUUUCAUCAGGCAUGUGAUUGGAAACUUGGGAUGGGAGGCAUUAUGAACAACCACUCACACACCAAUCCCAGUAUACGUAGCUUGACAGCUGUGCCAUAGCAACAGUUUGGCUAUUUGCCAGGCUGUUAGAGUUGCCAGGCAAAAGGUUCCCAUGGCAACAUUCAUUUUGCCAUCUUGGUAUAUGUGGUUGGCGUACACCAAAGCAGAUUACUUUAGGUUAGAACUGCUUUUACCUGGGGAAAAACACACAUUACAUCAGAUCACUGUCACUCUGUAACAGUAAAAAUAUCAACAACAGCGUGGAGAUGGCUUCUGUCAGAAACAGUGUUGGAAAUGCAAAGGGCGUGGCAGAAGUUGCAUGCUAAUACAUGAUUUAGAAACCUGGUUGAUAAAAAUCAGAUGGUACUGCACACUUUCAGAGAGGACAGGUAUUUUCCACUUUACAUUUUCCUAGUUGCAUCAUCACCUACAGCAAGAAAUCAUUUACUGUAAACUUGUUGUGUCAACUUGUAAAUCAGGGAAGUUUUUUUUUUUUAAAGACUUGAGUGAUAUCUCAUUCUGCGUCAGCAUUCGUGGAUGAUGCUCAAGUAUGCGAGGAAUUUUGAACUUGAAGUUACACCAACCCAUUCGGGAAUUGCUGCACACAUUUUUCAUAGUGGAGUAUUUUUUGUUUUUACAGCUUAAAUGCUCAAUAGGCCUGCUUAAGGGUGGAGCGAGCAAGACAAAGAGGGAGCGAGUGAAUGAUAGCUGACACUGGCACAGUUACACUGCAUUUCUGCGUGAUUUGACUGUGAAAUACUGCACACGGAGUAAAGUAGAGGAGCUUGUUGGUAUGUAAAAAUGCCAGCAUGUGUGUGUUCAAAGGGCAGGAGGGGGGUAUGAAGACAGAGGGUGGCUAAAAGGGUAAGAGGCGGGAAAUGGGGACCCAUGAGGGAUGAAGCAAAAAAAAAAAAGCCAAAAAAGGGUGAGUGGGUGAGGGGAAGGAGGAGUGGGGGUGCACUUUGGGACAGAAGAUUGAAAGGGAGUGGCAGAAAAAGAGUGGUUUGGACUAUAAAUGCAUACUAAGAAAGAAACGAGGAAGAGGAGGAAGAUGUGCACAUAUUAACUUAGUUUUUUUCCCCUUUAAGUUACACCAAACUGCAGUUCAAUUGGCUCAAGGCUUUCAAGAUAGGCUAUUCAGUUUCUUCUUUUCUAUGUCUCUAAUGCUUCUUUGUUGGAAGUCAGAUUCCUUAAAUCCUGCAUACCGGUUUCAUGCAGAGAAUGCAGAGCUCCCACAUAUAGCUCUCUUUUGUCAGUGCAUGCAGAAACGUUUUAACUUUACAUUUCUAUAAUCAUCUUUACUUUGAUAUCAUUUCUUGUUACAUUUCUGCCCUGAUAAGGGUCUGCUGGAAUCCUUUAAACACCAUUUGCACAGCAUAUCAUCUUGCCCCAGUUAUGUCUGAAUGAGUGUUCAGAGUAGCCUAUCACUCCUGGCUGGUCUCUGCUGGAAUGUAUCACUGUGCCAGCAAAUGUAGCACCGCAGCACACAACAAUUGCAAUUUCUACAGAGAGCAUCUACACCCACCUAAAAAGUUUCAGUUUAGCAAUCAUUUUGUAAUGUGAAGGAAAUUCCUGCUUGACUGUGAAGCAGAAGUCCCCCAGAUUUAGAUGUAACAGCUGACAGUAGAAUUGAUGCUUGUGACAGUGUUAUGGCAGAUGGCCUUUAACUCUCAUGAAAACCUGUCAGCGCUUAAGUGAAAUCGGACAGUUGAUGUGGAUGAAAUGCUGCAGUCAGUGAAUGUAGGAAUUUGGUUCAACAAUAGGUCGACGAAUAAUUUUGCUUCGUGACUUCUUUUUUCCAAAGACAAAAUUCAGGCUCUGAUAGAAUAGGAGACUGUGAUUGUAAUUCUUUGCAUGUCGCAGUCAACCCCUGGAAUCGUAUUUUGUAGCUGUCAUUGCUGCUCUAUUGCAGACUAGUGGCACUGAUAGAACAAGGGCCAGAAGGGGAAGUGAGCAGGAGUUUGCCCAGUCACCAGUAGAGGGCAACAAGUCCUAAGAAAUGGUUGGAAAUACUAUGAAUGAAUGGAUAAAUUGAAGUUUUUGUAGUACUCACACUUGUAUGAGAGGCUUAGAUGUCAGGAAAAGGAUUUUCAUAGUUCUGUUCCAGCAUUGUCAAAUUUCAGACCAGCAAGGUUUUCUCCUUCCUACAGUACAUUUGAUUACAUAAGACAUCCUCCAGCAUCAUACAUAUGCAUGCCGAGUCUUUGUGCUUUUGUAUACAUGUGCUCUGUACAACAUGUGCCAAUGCAGCCACUUAACAUCUUCCUUCCCGUGGCAUCACUGCAGGACUGGAGGUGAAUUUUUGUGUGGUUGCAGCCACCUACAGUUCCCACGUUUCAAUCAUGAUUGCAGGUUCAGUCCCCAUUUAUUACUGCUCAGAAGUAACAUGCAUCUCUUAUUCUUCUUUUCCUGCUAUUCAUAAAAAAGAAAUAGAAAACACGCCACUGAACGAGCUCAAUAGAACCCCCCCCCCCCCACACACACACACACACAAAAAACAGCCCUUUGUAAUGUCAGUGAAUCGAUUUUUUUGCCCAAAUCCAAGAGCAAACAGAGACGUUCCAUAGCACAAUGAAAAGUGCACAAAAGGAAAUCAAAGGAUAAAUUCCCAUUUGAGUUUGUGCGACUCAGUCUCAACACUUGCUGAAUUCUGUAGUGAAGAGGGCAUUUACACUAUGAAUGUAUUGCUGAAAGAGUAAAGCGGGGCAUGGGGUAGGAGGCAGAAAGGUGAGUAUGUACACAGACGCCUACGUCCUGCUGUUGAAAUCUUGUCUGGAGUCUCUACAGUCUGUGCUCUGCAGUGUGAGGUAGUUGGUUGUAUGGUUUCGCAUAAUAAACAGCAUGGAGAUAACUGUACAACCUUCUAGCUUUCCCUGCGGAGUCACUUCUAGCCACGUCUAGUGUACCACCAGCAGAGAGGUAAGUAUGUUUUGUUACUCUGUGAGCGGAUCUCCUAGUGUUUAAUGACACGGCACGUCCUUUUCAACUGCAGCGCCUUUUAUCCCCUCAAGGUCUUUAUCAUGAUACUCUCUCCUUUGGGCAAACCCUCAUGAAGUCUCUUUCCCGGGUCUGUGUCAUUUCAUGGGCAAUAUUUGUGGCAGUUGGAUUGUAGUUGUUGGGAUGACUACCCGCUGCUUGACAGGUUGUUGGCUGUACAGCAAUCAGUGGCUCGUACUGCAGCAAAAAUACCCUUAAGACAGGACGGUGAACGUCCAUUUUUAUCAAGCAGCUGACUCUGACUUUGAGUAGAAACUAAUACGUAAAGAAAGAAAAACCCUAGAAAAUAAUCCAACUGCCCUAUAUUGUGAGGAAAGGGGCUGCUUAACAAGCUGUUCGCAUAUAACCACACAGGUUAGUUUAGGUGUUUUUAAAGCUCCAAAUGAUGAAAUAAGACUUCUAAUUAAUAUAAAAAUGUAAGACUACACUCGUUAAAUGAAAAUAACCUACUACUCUCCCCCUCUUUCAGUUACCUCACAUAAGUGACAUUCAUCAUACACAGCCUCACUGUGACAUUCAUGAAUUCCCUGCCUGUAUUUUUGCACCAUUUCACAGUAUCCACGGACUGCUGUAUACUACCACAGGUUGAGAAGCCUUGCGUGUCUGCCGUUGUACUUAUACCCGUUUCAUUACCCUGAAACCUUCCCUGCCUCCUCCCCCUCUCCUCUUCCCCUCAGCAAGUCAGACUGGUGGUUCAAACAGCAGCCAUCUGCAGUGCGUUACAGUCUCUCCCCCCCCCACGCGCCUCCUGGAAGGGGUGGAAAAUAGGGGGCAUAUAUCAGAAAUGUGCUGAUUCUGCACUGUCAGUCGUAGCCUUCUUUAUCAUCCACCGCGCAACACUGCUCUCUUGCCUGAGCAGACAGUUGAACAUCAGACAACUGCUAGGUGUGUGGAGCAGUGAUAAUAAUGUGCAUGGGAGGAAGUGCGAUUAACCUAGCAUGUUGUUCUGUCUGUGUCACAUGCUGACAUAGUAAAGACUGUUUGCGUUCGCGACCUUUUGUACCUGGUUUCCAUCUCUGCAUAUGCAGCAGGCUGUGCAUAUGUGUGAACAGAUUGUUAUGUGAACAUAUUCUCAUGACGUCCGCAUGCGCUUAUGCUCCUUACAAAAACGCCUACAGGAGUUGUUGGGACUGUGAUUGAAAUGCUACAAUCUCUAUAUGAAGUGCUGCGAGUUCCUUGAAGCGCCCUCUCACUCAGGCAGAAAUUCUUACAUUACUCUGCCUACAUCAGACUUUGCACGAUACUUUGUGAAAAUCGGCGCUGCCACAAACAGUGCCAUGUGCAGUCUCGUGGGGUGCAUCGGCAAACUAGAGCAUCCUGAUCCUAAGACAGACAAGGCAGACAUCAUCCCAGACUGAUGAUGUCAUCCCUGUGGAGCACUCCCAGUGCUUUGUCUGUCAGCGGCACUGCAGAGUGCAGCUGCAGGCACACACAGACACACACACACCUGUCUGUGACUGUGACGUUAUGCAUUUGUGACUUGGGUUCGGAUACUGCCGUUCUGCUAGAGAGGGACUUUUUCUUGGUUCUUCUGCCAAAAUGGCGCCCACAUUGCCUCUGUCUUGGAAAGAGGUGCUUUAGUUUACUGGCAGAGGAGAGCAGGCAAAGGCUCCUGCACUCUGAAAUCCAUCCACAGCCAGAAUAUGUGUGUUAUAAACGCACAGCCGUUUGUCUGUGUGACAUUAAAGCGGGAUUAGGUGGAUUAUAUGUGCUGCACAAGACGAGGAACUCGCAUUCGGUGCAGAGGAAUUGUGCCGACCACUGAAUGCACAAAUCCCAGCAGAUUGUGUAAACACGUUCUGUAGUGCUGUUUCUAUGCAAAUGUAUGUGUCUUGCCAUUACAGUAUGAUUGCAGCUAUGGAGGAGGAUGUUAAAAGUCUGAAGGUGACACAGACUACUAUAUAGCCUAUAUGCAUGCAGGUUAAUUAACCAAGUGUUAUUAAUGAAUGCUCUUUUUCCUGCUUUUUGUAUUUAUGAAAAAAUCCCUUUUGAAAUAAGGUGAAGAUGGAUUCACUUCAUUUGCUGUUGGUCAGUUCUUGCUUUUUAGUGAGAAGGCUUUUGAAACUUUCACCUAAUGAUACAAGCAAUCAGUGUGCUUCUAUUUAUUCCUGCUGUUUUCUUUAUCUCCUCGCCUAUUUUAUUUUUAUAGUUGCCAAGGUCUUAACUAGCUUUUCAUUACAUUGAGGUUUUUUAUCAAUUCCUCACUGCAGCUACUUUGUGGCCAAAAGCAAUGUGUUUUUGUUGUCAGUUUACCCCCAUUUGCUCUAAAUGUGUGAGGCACUGGUGAUAUGCUUUGUUGUAAAACAUGGUCAGAACACUUUAGAGCCAUUAAUGACGCUUACCCAUCAAGUGUAGUGUUUAUGCUCGCUCUCGCUGAAGAGACAGCCAAUCAGUGGGUCCAAAUUGGAUUUACUUUCAUUUCUGAAUUUCCCUGGGGGCUGUAUGAUUCUGUUACCCAACAAGCACAAUGGCAACUCUCUUUCCUCCCGGAGACGAGCUCAAAUAUUAGAAUCAAACUGCCUUAAGAGAUGUGAGCUGAUUGAACAAAGAGUGGAAAUAUUGAUUGUAUUUGUCCGUACGUGCAAAGCUGUUGCAGUUUUGUUACUUAUGCAUGCAACACGGGUGCAGGUUUAAUGUUAUUUCCUCAUUCCUCCUUAAGCAGCUCCCCACAUUUCAGAUUCAUUUGGAUGAAUUCGGCUGUACAGGAUGGCUAAAUGCAUGUUGUUCACCUCUGAUGUCAAGCUGUAUAAUCAAGACGCAUUUUACAAUUAGCAGAGCUUUCCACCACGGCUUUAUUUAGUGUGUUUGAAGUCACUCCAGCUGCAAUUUACAGCAGUGUUGGAGCAACACCAUAAAUCCUGUAAUCAAUUUGAUGACGGUAUGAUUGCUGUACACAUAUGAGGAGGCAGUAAUGUCAGCCUCUCAGGUUCAUGAGACUCCUGGGCUUCAUAUUUUCUCUCUAUUCUCAUCCUAUUAGAGAUUCUGACCCUCCCCCUCCAUCCCCACUUUCUGCUAGCCUCCCUGCCCCCCCCCCCCUCCCCCCCACACACAUAUACACACAUAUGCACACACAGAGUUUGUCUCGUACACACACACACACAUACGCCUGCAUGCACUCGCGGCACUCACAUUCCCUCUCUCCUUCCCUCACUCACACUUUCACACAGAUAUAUGGAGCUUGCAGACUGGAGCGUGUGUGUGAGCGUGUGCGUGCGUGCGUGUGUGCCUGCGAGCGUGUUGGGGAGGUUACCGGGUUUGUACGAGACUCGGAAAUACGUGUGAGGAAAAAGAGGGAGAUGGAAGGAUGACGACCAGAGAGUGUAAAAGAAGGAGAGAGAAAAGGAGGAGAGGAGACUUGGAUAGAGGGAAAGGAAAAAGAGAUGGCUGGAGACCACUUAUGCAGCAUGGAGGGUAAAUGUGCGUGUGUCUGUGUGUGUGUCGUUUUUAACUGUUGGAUAGUAUGUGCACCAGGCGGGUUGGUGUGUACACGUGAAUGUGAGCGCACAAGUAAGUGAGCUCUCUUCUUUUUUUUUUUCACCCCUCUCUCUUCUUUAUUUUCCCCUUGUUUGCAGCUCUGUGUGUUUGUGACAACAGCCCUGCAGAGACAAAAGGUGAAGUGUUGUAUAGGUGCUGCUGUUAGUCAGGCAGGUAGGCAGUGAGAAGAAGAAUAAUGGAAUCAAUACUAUUGUCUGUAACCUACCUGCCACCGGGCUCCCUGUCUGGCCCCGGCAGAGACCAUCAGAAAUAGAGGGAGCUGAGAGGAAACACAGAAGCACUCUGACUGGGGGAAGAAAAGGAAAGAAGAGGCUGAGUGUAAGGUGAAUUUCUUUCUUUUCUUUUUUUUAAAACGCAUUUUAUGUCACAAGUUCAAUGUAGAGUAAGAGUGAUAUUUUUUUACGCCGCUUUUAAAAUGCAUUAUAAUACGAAACUUUUGUCGUCACUAAUUCACUUCACAUUCUUCUCUUUGACUGUAAUAAAACAUGGUGCAUGGAAAAGCAUGAGAGCCCUCCUGUAAGUGCCUGUAUUUGUGGUAUUUAUUCUGCUCUUCUGUCUUUGUUGCCGUAUGCUGAAUAGCCUUUCAAUUAGUGUCUAGAAUCCAUGCUCCAUGCUGUCGAGGUCAUGUCUGCAUUUUGUGUCUAAGUUGCCCUUCAUUUUAAUUCACAUUUUCUGUUUGCACCUCAUUCGUGCAUCUCUUUUUUAAUUUAUUCCCCUUCACAGCUGUCAAUGAAUUUCAGUGUUAUGACAGGCAAUAAAAUGACACGCAUUUUAAUUAACCUGGAUAUAAUCAUUUCUGUGAGCUGUGUAAUUAACUCAGAGUUUUGUUCUCUGGAUACUGACAAGAUUUAAACAAAUGUUCAUUUCCACCUCUUUUGCCGUUAUUCCAGUCAUUUCGGCUGUUCCCUGUGGUUUGCCCCAGCUGCAACUGUUAACAAAGAAAACCUCAAAAAUCGCACCUCUGUGUCCCAAAAUGUGAAGGCCUGACGUUUAUAAAGUUAACCUGUAGGUUUUUCGUGAUGCAUUAAUAUGCAUUAAUGGAGUUCAGUUUAAUGCAGCAAACUGAUGUGGACACAAUGCGUCUCAUUUUAUUCAAAUUAAUGCGAAUGUAUUAAAACAAGAUGAAACAUUAUUUCUCCACAGAUGAGCUAUGAAAUACAAAUAUUUCCAUUUUAUUUUGGAUUUUAAGGUAUGGUCAUAUGCAGUCUUCUCCAGUCAUUCUGUCUGUCUACCAGUGGGUGGCGUUGCCUUCUAAUACUUCUACGCAAUGACAUUUAUUUAUUUCUUUGAAGUGUUUUAUAGUGAUAUCACCAUAGUUUAAGUGACCAAGCAGUGUAAUAAUGUUAUGUCAUCUACAGGUGGAUUGAUAAUUUGCAUGCCGCCUGUGUCCUGCUCGGGUUCUUCUUUUUUCUUCAUAAUGUUUGAAAACUAAUUUCCUCUUUUGCUGGUAAGUCAGAAGACACAUGCUGCCCUGCGUUCAGAAGUGGACGGACAAAGCACAGUGCUACGCCAUAAUGAUAAGAACUGCACGGAGAUCCUGAAAGAUGCUUUGAAAUGAAAAAGUCUCAGACUGGAUGGAGUAAUCUGAAGUCCUCUUUACAGCGAGUUGUGGAAAAUUUAACAGUUGUAUCGCCACAGUUACUAGAGAACAAAAAGAAAAUGCGACCUAUGCAAAGUAUGCUUACAUAUUUAAAUAAUCAUUUGUCAGCUUUGACAACUUUAAGAUUUCAGUGUAUGUGUGUUAAGUUCCAGCAUGUGAAAUGGUCUAGUAACGUAUUUUACAUGAGCACAAAUUGAUUUUUAAAAUCUCUUCAGCUCAGUGGGCUCAGAAAAGCUAUUAGAAACUGUAAUUUGUCCAUGCUAGCUGAGAAAUUAUGUUCAAAACUCCUGUGGCAUUUACCAACAGUUUAUAAUUAAUUGUUUCCUCUAAAUUAAUUGUGUCUCCUCCGCAAUGAGCUCUCAGCGGCUGCGUUUCUGAGAGUAUGUGUGCCUGCUGUUAAAAAUGUUACUUUAUAUCUGAUUUGAUGAACUGCAGAACAAAAAGAUUAGCGUGGAUAAAACAAGGACAAAUCUGUCAUGAUUAUGCACCGAUUAUGUUUUAAUUGAACUGAUCAGCUUUGCUUCUAAUUUGCAGCAAACCAGGAGACCGGUUGGUGCCGCAGAAUCCAAAUGUCAGAUGAGGUCAUUUCUUUGUCUCGGUGCAGUGACUCUGCAGUUCUCUCAUUUAACUCGAAUGAAUUUAAACUGCUUGAAACUCUGCUUUGGCAUUUUUGUAUAAUAACUGGAUCCGUCUUUACACCUUCUCAGUGUAUUUUAAUUUUACAGUAUGCCCCUCUGUCCCUGAGACCCUUAACCUGUGAGGUCAAAGCAGGUCACAGGUGAGGUCCUCGGGAACAGGGCUGCAUUCAGUUUCAACAUCCUGUAGAGGAGGGGAUCAUUUUAGCACUAUAUUCGACAUGAUACACUCUGUCUCUUCUACAAAGUAUAUUUGAUACCACUUGGAGUUAAAGUGGUAUGUUUAAAAGGACUUUAAGUGCAAGAAAAGUGACAGGCGAUACUUGUCACUGUUUCUUCUGGAUUUCAUGCAUCUCAGUAUCUGUAAGUGACCGUCAAGACUUUUCAGGUUGAAGAAGAGAACGGCUGCUUGUCCUGCAGCACAGACCAUCUCAGGGAGCCAACCCUUCUGGCUGACUUUGUGUUACAGACCCCAGUUGGGGGGCAAAAUAAGAAGACAGCCAAGGGUUGUGACCCCGCCAUAUAUGACACCUUCAAAAAUCUAUGGCAUCAUUUGUUUUUGAUCAUGUACAAGUUUUCAUACUUGCCUGUUUGUUUUUAACAAUUGUAUGUUAAUAAAAUGUGAAAACGUACUCUGUGUAUUUCUUUUUUUUUUUCUUUUUUUUUUAAUCAAACAUGUUAUUGGAUGAUGAACAAAAAAGCACUAAAUAUACUGUAUCCCAGCUUUCCCCUAAUGUUAUCUAGACAGUCUCUGAGAUUAGGGAAUUCUCUGAUCCUGCACUAUUUCCUUCUUUUUUUUGUUUUGUUUGUUUGUUGUGUCAAAUCUUCCAUAUACAUAAAGUCAUCUUUUCUCACAGCCAGACAUUUUGAAAGCUCUGAGUGAGUUUGGAUAUGUAGCAGCAAAAAUGAUCAAAGUGUCCUUGUCACUAGACACAAUUAAAUGCCCUCAAACAUACACACACACAUUCAUUUGGGAUUUUCCAUGUCCAACCAUCUGACUAGCUGUCUGACUUUGGCAGUCCUGGAGCACACUCUUGCCUAAUAUUGAUUGGCCUGUCUGUGUGGAGACAGAUGAAUGCAUUAGUACCCAGCUCACCCUGCCACUGGAAAUAUAUUAAGUUCAUGUAUUAGGCACCCUGUCUGGUUGCCAUGGAGAUGCACCAGGAGUGAGGGACAAGGGAGAAGGGGUGGUGGUGGAGGGGAUGAGGAGGAUGGGAGACGAGAGGGGGAUACAGGAUGCGAUGAGGCAGUCGACUUGAUUUGUAGUCCCGCUCCCUCUCUCCCUGCCUCUGCCUGUCACUUGCGUGUCCUCCCUAACCUCCUCUUGUCUUUUCUUUGUUUCUGUUUCUCUCACGUUUUUGUUUUUCACCAAUUCUAUUUUUUCUAAACUUCAUCAUCAAUAAUGUGCACUGACUCCUUCUCUAUCUCUGCUACCCCAUCGAUUUUGUUGUCCCUUUUGUUCUUUAUUUUCAUAUUUGGCUUUUUCUCAUUCUCCGUCUCGCCGUCCACCCCCCACCCCCACCCCACACCACCGGGUAGACUUUCAUUUAUCGCAUAUUAUAUAUUUCUCUUGGGUUUUCACGUCGGCACCCUUCCCACUCCAUCCCCUACACGUACACAAGCAUUUAACUCCAUCUUCAUCUGCCCCUCUCCCUCUCGCUGCCGCCACCUCCCUCCUUGGCUCGCUUCAUCUCUGUGCUCUGCAGUAAAACUGGUGCAUUGAGGCAGCAGGAAAUGGGGACUAGAGACAAUAGAAUGGUGGGAAAUACAAAGAGGAGUCUGUGAUGCUCUCCUGUCGUGUCGAGAAAAGAUGAGCGUGAUACACUUUCAAGACUUUACUUUUAUCCCCGUGUGGGAUGUGAACAUAUAUACAGGGCUCUAAUUCAUCAAGCCCUGAAGAAAAAAGAAAACAAAAACCUUAGAAUUUGCACAUUUUUAGUCGCUAUGAGACCAGGAUUCGAAUCAAAACACCUACAGAGAAACAUUAGUUGAGUUUUUAAAGCUCACAUUGAAAGAUGCAGACAUCUGCUUUGCGGCUUGUGUGUGUGAGCCUGCUGUUGUGCCUGUCUCAAAGCUGCUAUCAGUGUUUUGUGGAUGUGGAAGACAGUCUCCGUCUGUGCUGGGGUCACGUUUUGACCGAGUACAAUGUGAGAAACGUUGACGCCUGCUUCGAGAAGCUGGACCGCAUAUUCAACAAUAAUGAGACAGUGAUUGAAGCUGGUAGAGUAGGUAAAGGCUAUGACAUCCAACUGAAGGAAAUUCUGGAUGCAGAGGUCCUCCCGCUGUUGGAAGAGUUUGACCAAAAGCUGAAUAACGACACUGUGUACGAGCAAAGGUUGCAGACAGCAGCAGACAAUUUCAUCUCAGCUGCCUCCAAACUGCCUAGAGUCUCUGGAUGUAUCCCUCCAUGUGGUUUUCAGAGUGCAGGUGCAGUGUACGACUGUGUUACCUGCCAGUACGACUCCUGUGAAUUUCCUCUCGACUGCCCAGUGAAAGAAAUUAAAGUUAUGGAAAACAGCAGGAUUCGAAUGUGGUGCGACGUGCCAUUUGCCUUGCCAACUGAUAUUGAAGUGAUCUGGAGGUUCGCAGAGGAGGUUGAAACGCAGCAAUUGGAUCAGUUUAAAGAAGUGACUGUGGGCGUUGACAGGCUCUACUCCAUCCCCUCAGUGACUUUGAAGCAUCAGGGCACCUACCAGUGUGAGGUGUACUCGGGCCAGCUCUCCUUUAUCCGAGUAUACUACUAUGUCUCAGUGACCCCCCAGAUUGUGGCAGGCCACACAGAGCUGCAGGAGACAUUUGACCUGUCUCUGCUCCCAGGAGGGCAGUUUUUCCCCGCGUCUGGUGACUCUCCCCGCUCCUUCCUCGCCUCAUUGUUACCGCUUCUCGCCGCCUGUUUAACCGCUUUACUCCUGCUGCUGUGUCUCUCCCUGGGGGUUCUGCAUUGGUUAUCCAUACAAGAGCAAAGUCAUGCUGAAGAAACACAUCAGGCUGAAGAUUUAGGUUUAUUCUAGAGUGUUUGGAAGAUGUAUGUGAAGCAACAAAGGCAUUUCAUCAAGUCUGCAGAGUGAUACGUCAUAGUCCAGACAACAUGUGUGUCACUCCUUCCACCACUAGAGGGCAGGAUCCACCUCUUUAUUAGUAGUAGUACUGAGUAAACGUUUUACUACCACAUA